UUGAAGCAAAUGAGUGUUCUGAUUCAGUACACAGGAGUAAAUAGUUUUUAGUCCAGUGGGGUUUCUUUUUCUUCUACUACUAUCUCUUUUCCCUCUUUCUUUUCUUAUUUGGCUUCUCUCCCCAGCUAUAUCUGACCAGAAAAGAACACACCAAUGCUGAAACUUGUUCCCCUGAGCUCUGUUUGGUUUUGAUUGGCUCAGAACCCACCAACAAUAAUCAAGAGAGAAAAAAAAUUCCAAUUAGUCAAACCGAAAACACAUGUUCCUUUUUUUGUGACCCCAUGGUUCUGGGAUCUGGUUCAGUUUUGGGUUUGCUCACCUGAUUAGAGAGAGAGAGAGAGAGAGAGAGAGAGAGGUAGGUGAAGACUGGAGUGGCACAGAGUCAAUGGCUUCUGUGCCAGAAAACCUCACAAAACAGCUUGCUGUUGCGGUUAGGAGUAUCCAGUGGAGCUAUGCAAUUUUCUGGUCUAUUUCCUCAAGACAACAAGGGGCAUUGGAAUGGGGUGAUGGGUACUACAAUGGAGACAUCAAGACAAGGAAGACGAUUCAAGCUGUAGAGUUCAACGCGGAUCAACUAGGAUUGCUGCAGAGGAGUGAGCAACUGAGAGAACUCUAUGAGUCCCUGGCGGCGGGCGAAAGCAGCCCGCAAGCUAGGAGGCCUUCAGCUGCAUUAUCCCCUGAAGACCUGACCGAUACCGAGUGGUAUUACUUGGUUUGCAUGUCAUUUGUAUUCAACAUCGGCCAAGGGUUGCCGGGAAGAACAUUAUCGAAGGGCCAACCAAUCUGGGUUUGUAAUGCUCAUUAUGCAGAUAGCAAAGUAUUCAGUCGAUCGCUGCUGGCAAAGAGUGCCUCUAUUCAGACUGUGGUGUGUUUUCCAUUUUUGGGAGGUGUCGUUGAGCUAGGCGUGACUGACUUGGUUCUUGAAGAUCCUAGUCUCAUUCAGCACAUCAAAACAUCCUUCUUGGAAACUCCAUACCCGAAAGUUUCCAAGAUAUCGAAUUCCUUCACAGGAAAUGCAAACCAAGGCCUCAUUGUUCAUGCCAAGCUUGAUCAUGAAAUUCUCGACACGAACCUAAAUCCGGUAUUUCAAUGUGAAGACCUUGAAGUUUGUUCUCCCAAUAACAGCUCAAACGGUUUCGGGAUAAAUCCUCAACCGGAGGAAUCAUUCUUGGUUGAAGGACUAUACGAGGCAAAUUCCCAAGUUCAAAGCUGGCAACUCAUGGAUGAUGAAGUAUGCAACGGUGUCCACAAUUCGUUUAGUUCCAGUGACUGUAUAUCUCAAACUUUGGUUAACCCCGAAAAGGCCAGCCCUCUUCCGGAUGAAAUGACCAAAAUAGGGCUUCAAGCCAAUGAUAUCCACUACCAAAGUAUCAUCUCAACUCUUCUGAAGAGCUCCCAACACUUGAUUUUGGGGCCGAAUUUUCGAAAUUCCAGUCAAGAAUCCAGCUUUGUAAGAUGGAAGAAAGGAGGUUUAUUGAGUUUUCAGACUCCUAGGAGUAGAACUCCACAAUUUUUGUUAAAGAAAGUACUACUUGAAGUUGCUCAGAUGCAUGGUGAUCAUAUGUCUGAGUGCUCUAGAGAAGAUAGUGGAAGAAAAGACGCGAUAUGGAGACCUCAGGUUGAUGACAUUGAUUCGAACCAUGUGUUGGCAGAGAGGAGAAGAAGGGAGAAAUUGAACAAAAGGUUUUCGGUUCUUGGAUCGUUGGUCCCUUCUACUAGCAAGGUUGAUAAGGUGUCUAUACUUGACCAUACGAUAGAGUACCUAAAAGAGCUCGAGAGAAGGGUCAAAGAGUUGGAUUCUGGCAGGGAAGUUUCAGAGCCAGAAGUAAGAACAAGGAAAACUCCAAAAGAUAGCGCAGAGAGGACAUCCGAAAGCUAUGGACACAAGAAGAAGCCGUCAAUAAACAAGAGGAAAGUUCGUGACAUUGAUGAGAUAAAAGAUCCUUAUAAUACAAUUGUCAGUAUAAUUGAGAAGGAAGUUUUGAUUGAGAUAAGAUGUCCCUGGAGGGAGUGCUUGCUCCUAGAAAUUAUGGAUGCCAUUAGCCAUCUUCAUUUGGACUCUCACUCAGUUCAAUCAACCAACAGUGAUGGGAUUCUCUCCUUGAUGGUUAAAUCUAAGUUCAAGGGAUCCUCAUUUGCAUCAGCAGGAGUUAUCAGACAAGCAAUUCAGAGAGUUGUUCGGAAGUUGUGAAGUUCAUUGUCACAUUGGAAACUGAUGAUUCCCAAACGAGGACCAAUUACUUCCAAAAAAUUGAACAAGGAGCCGUAUGAGGUGAAAAUCUCAUGUAAGAUUCUGGAGAGUGGCAAUAAGGGUGACUUAUCUGUCAACUUUUGGUUGUUUUGAGCUGUUCAAAUGUGCUGCACUUGCUGUUUCAUUUACUGUAAAAUUAUGUAUUUUCUAGGAUUACAUUAGAUCCCUAACUGUCAACAGAAUUUGUUGUGGUUUAGUUUCUAGCAGAGCAGUCUAAUAAAAUGAAGGAUUAGUUCGAGCUAAUUAG